AGAUUCCUUAUAGGUGCGGAUGCAAAGAUGGCGGAAGAGGAGAGCCAAUUUGAAGAAUUUGACCAAAUAGACUUUUUGAAAGAUAGACAUGUACGAUUCUUCCAGAGGACACUUCAGGUGUUACCUGAGAGAUAUGCCUCGCUGGAAACAACCAGGUUAACUAUCAUAUUUUUUGCCCUGUCUGGUCUUGAUGUGCUGGACUCUCUGGAUGUGAUUGAUAGGAACACCAUGAUUGAGUGGAUCUAUUCCCUACAGGUUCUACCCACAGAGGACCAAGUUAACCUUAGUCGUUGUGGGUUUCGAGGAUCGUCACAUAUUGGAAUUCCUUACAGCACUAAGGGGCCAGGUGUGCUCCAUCCAUAUGACAGUGGCCAUGUAGCCAUGACCUACACUGGGCUGUGCUCACUGCUAAUACUGGGAGAUGACCUGAGCCGAGUUAACAAACAGGCCUGUCUGGCUGGUCUCAGAGCACUGCAGCUGGAGGACGGCAGUUUCUACGCAGUGCCAGAAGGAAGUGAAAAUGAUAUACGGUUUAUCUACUGUGCAGCCAGUAUCUGUUACAUGCUGGAUGACUGGUCAGGCAUGGACAUCCAAAAGGCCAUUGAGUACAUAAGGGGAAGUUUGUCAUACGACAAUGGGUUUGGCCAGGGAGCUGGGCGAGAGUCACAUGGUGGCUGGACGUACUGCGCCAUAGCGUCUCUGUGUCUGAUGGGUCGGCUGGAGGAAGCUCUGAGUCAGCGGGAGCUGGACAGGAUCCGUCGCUGGUGUAUCAUGAGACAGCAGAGCGGCUUCCAAGGGCGCCCCAACAAACCUGUAGACACAUGCUACUCCUUUUGGGUGGGAGCUACGCUCGAGCUGUUAGAUGUGUUCCAGUAUACGAACUUUGACAAGAACAGGAGCUUCAUCCUGUCCACGCAGGAUCGGUUGGUAGGGGGAUUCGCCAAGUGGCCGGACAGCCAUCCAGACCCUCUCCAUGCCUACUUAGGGCUGUGUGGUUUGUCUCUGAUCGGAGAGCCCAGUUUGAGGAAGGUCCACCCAGCUCUUAACAUCACCCAGAGAGCCUUUCAGCACGUCCAGCAGCUGCAGCAGACGUGGAGGGGCAGCACUGGCAGCUGUAGCAGACAGCACUGAAAGCAGGGUGUCCCACAGCUCUGUCUCUGAACAGGUUCAGUAAUCGGGAACAUCUAACCGUAGUCAGUCAAAGGUGACUGGAAUUUUGCUCUGUCUUGAAGACGUUUGGCCACUCAUGUGAGAGGCCUCCUCAUUUCAGAAAUCAAGAAGGUAUUUAAGAGCCCAGUUACACGGUAGUAACUUUGGGGAGCUUAUUUUAAGUCCAUCAAGAGUGACUUUUCUGUUAAGCAACAUACGCCACACUUCUUUUUUUCUUUUUUUUUUGCUGCCUUUUGAUUAUUAGACCGUUGUAAAUAACAAUGUGCAUUGUAGUUUGUGGGGAUAAAGUGAUGUGCCAGAAAGUCAAAUUUGAGUCACUAGCGACUCGAAGAAAUUCCAGAUGCCUCAAUUUUGCUAACUUUUUCAUGAUGCAGUUUUGGAAGCUUCUUGCUCCUCAUCAUAGUCAACAACACAAUCUGCUGUAAGCCUUCCUAGCCAAGGAUGAACUGACUCACUUCACGUGAACAUAAGAAACAUCCUCAAACUAAAUUGUAUUCACUGAGACCCUGUCGAGGGCUUGGGGAAAAUCUAACUUGUGUCUUUAAAUGGUUAUGGAGUGACUGGUGGCUUCAGUAGCUGAAAGUUUUUAGAGGGGCUGAAUAAUGUCCUGGUUAAGGUUGGGUACCGAAACUCGGUGCCAAUAGGGAACCGGUGCCGACGUAAACGGUAGUAACGAGACCG